AUGAUGAAAAAAAAUUCUGAAGUACUUCUCCGAGGUAAACAAAUGGACAUGAGUGAUAUUGAAGCGGAUCCUGUGCUUAGAUUUUACAACAAGAAUAUAGUCCCGAGAGAAAACCGUUUUGUUGCGACAUGCACGUUUGGAGAGGGGUGGCAUAAUUACCAUCAUGUUUUCCCUUUUGACUAUAAAGCUGCCGAACAUUUUGAUACAUUUAACUUAUGCACCACAUUUAUAAACAUUUUUAAAAGAAUUGGAUGGGCGUAUGAUCUUCGUGAAGCAACGCCUGAAAUGAUUAAUGGAAUAGCGAAAAGACUGGGUGAUGGAACUCCUGUGCACUUUCCUAUGCCAAUACAAUCUGAAAACUAA